GUUCGUAUUGCAAAUGGCGUUGAAUGUUAUUGUUCCAUGGCGAACGUCAAGGAGAUAAAAUUAUGUUGGAAAAAAUACCAUUUUCCACUUCGGGUGGGGAGGAACAGGAUCUAGCUACUACUGUGUUGACUUGUGAAGGAGACUUGGAAGAUCCUGCUUUCUCAUACCGAUUAUGUCUCCUAGUAAGCAAAUUGCAGACUCUUAUUUCAGAUGAGGAAAAGCCAUUUCGUGUGACAAAGGUGGAACCCUGGAACAGUGUAAGGGUUACUUUUAAUAUUCCACAUGAAGCUGCUCAGAGGUUGCGCCAGUUAGCCCAAAGAGGAGAUCAUGUCCUGAGGGAAUUGGGUAUAUUAUCUGUACAAAUAGAAGGGGACCAGGUGAUCACGCUAACUUUGGCAGGCCAUUAUAAUGAUUCACAUGAGAUAGUGUUUUGUAAAAAUUCAAAUUCACCUGCUGCUCAGUUAAGCAAUAGUUCAUCAGUUGCCUGUGAUGCAACCAGUUUGGAAGGUUCUCCAGGCCCAAGCAAUGCUGAAUUAACACGGAAGAAUAUUGCACAUUACCUGAGUCAGCAGGGAAGUAUGGCAUCAGUAGCUGCUGGAACAUCUGCAUCUUCUUCACUUAUACCUGUAGAGGGAUCCACUUCUAUUGAUCUACAUUUGCAAAGCAGCAUGUCUUUUGUCAGUAGAAAUGCUAGUUUUAAGUCCCCUAAUGUUGUUGCUCCAGCAACAAAUGAGCCCAUUCCCUUUUUACAGACAAAUGUUGCUGGUUCCUCUCGUGGUACUCAUUUGAAUCAGGCUCGGACACCAAGCAGUUUUGGUCCAUUUCCGUUUGCGAGCAUGACUCAUGCUAUGACAGCAAAACAUGCUGUUCUUCAACAUGGCCAAGGAAAUGCAUCUCACUUAACUCUUGGAUCUUCAAGUCAUCCAAACUUAACUGUUUUGAAAGCUUCACCUAAAUCUUCUGCUGGAUCUUUUCAGGCUGGCACAUGUGGUGUUUAUAAGCAGUCCCCUCCUCAUCCACCUACUGUAUUCAGUAAUCUUGUCAGUCGUGUCUCAACCCUUCUCCCAUCUACUUCCAAUAGUACUCGAGCAAAUGUUGCUCUCUCAAGUCCAUUACUUGUAAACCUCCUUCAAAAUGAUGGGCAGCAAGGACAACAACACACUAAUCUGUUAAUGCCACCCCCUGCAGUAGAUGUUAAGCAGCCUCCCAAACGAAAGCGUAAGCCACGUAAACCCAAAGAAAAACUUAACAGGGAAGAUUCUGUUCCAACAGGAGAAAAUAAUCCAAAGGUGUCCUUAUCAUUUUCAAAAUCUGUUUCUCCCUUUGGUCAAAACACAAGUGUUACUACAAUUUGCAACCAACCUCUUCCUUCAACAUCAUCAAACUAUGAAAAUUUGGGUGUACUCAACAGCUUGUCUUUUAGCGUUUCACUGCCAAACAUUCCACUGUCACCACCAGUUUCUACUUUCCCCAUCAUCCAUCCCCAAGCACAAGGUCAACCUCAAGUACAUACUGGCAGCCUUUCUUUUUCUACCCAUAUUGGCUCACCUCACGUUUCUAGGUCUAUUAUUUCUACGGCACUCAACAAAACUGUGCUUCAGGAUACAAAAAAUAUGUGUACUGAGCUUCAAGAACCAUCUAAGCCACCAGAAUCAGUUCUAGUCUCAGAAACCAGUUAUCUGCCAUCUCCUCCUCCCUCUUCUGAAGGUAAAAUUAAGCACCUUAUCAAUCCAUUUACAGGUCAGCUAGAGCCAAUGCCAAGUGAUGAAGAAGAGGAGGAGUCCAUUGGUUCACUUCCACCUUUUCCAGAGUUUGAAAUGGAAACAUUUGAGAAUGGACAGUCUGAACGAAGUCCUUCUGAUGAUGGUAAAGACAACAACCUUUUAUCAGAUACAGACUCUGGGAUAAGUAAGUCUCUUACAGAUGUGUCACAGUCUCCAGAAACUAAUCCAGAAACAGAAACUAAUAUUCAUAGCACUAAAGUAAUGGUACGGGGAGAUUCAGGAGCUAACAGCAAUAGUCCAGGAGAAAUGCUGAAACUUAGGUUAAAACUAGAUCCUAAAACGCUGCGUGAAGCUAAGGAAAGUGAAAACAAGGAGAAAAAGGGUAAGAUUGAAAAAGAUAGUGGAUAUUCAUCACAAUCACCUCAUAAAAUUGAUGUAUCUUUUGUCAGUAUUCCUUCUUUUAAAAAAACAGGGUUGAUGAGUUCCUCUGAACCAAGGGUACCUCCUCUUCAUAUAUCAUUGCGUGGACCUAAUGCAGCUGUUGUAAUUAGUCCAAAAAAAGAAGAAAAUAAAGCAAAAUUCAGUACAUCUUCCAUGGGAGCUCAUUCUAUUAGUUUAGCAGAUUCUAUGUCAAUACUAAGAAGUUGUCAUUUACCAAGAAAUUUACCAAUAACUGAUGAUAUUGAAAUGGGCAGCAGAAAGUGUAGCAGGAGUGAAAUGUUCAGUAAGAGUGGUUGUUCAGUGCCUGUUAGUACUGUAUGUUUACAAAGUAAUAUGAAUCAACCUGUAAAGUCAGAACCCUCAACCUCACUGAAUACCAAGUUAUCUGAAACAAGUGUGAUGUAUUCAGAAACUGGCAAAAUUAGUAUAGAAUCAUUAUCUGUGUCAUGUGUAUCCUCCUCUGUUUUAACUGUGUCUUCUGUGAAAGUUCCACAUCCUAAUGUGACUACCUGUGUUCAAACACCAAGUAAAGCUGAAAAACUGUCCAGAGCAGACGAACAAUUGACCAUGCCACAACAGCAACAUUUUAGCAGUGACAUUGUUUUACUGCCUACUCCUUCCAGUUCUGAUGUAUCAUCAACCAACCAAACAACAAAAACUCAAACAGUACUUGUGAACACAUCAUUUUUGUCAGCCAUUGGAUUUCCUGUUACUUGCAAGAAGACAGCUCUUACCAAAGAGGAUAUUACAGCUUAUGAAGAAAAAUCAAAAGCAUUACCUGUAGAACACUGCACAAAUCUACCUCAGUCAUCAAACAGGAGAGUGACUCCACAUAAUACCAGUUUAAGUGAAGAUCAAUUGCAAUCAGUUGUUUCUAUCAGCCAUUCAGCCACCACAUCUAAGUAUAAUUCAUCUCAACCUACAGUUUCACAGGUUAUCAUGGCAACAAGUAUUGGGAAUAGUUUGUCCACUUUGGUGGACAGUACAUCAACAACAGAUGUCGAUCAGCAUGGAGAAAGAUUGACUGACCCUAAAGAAUACCAGAAGACAUUAAUAGUAUCAAAGAAUGAGGAAAUAAGAAAAUGUGAACAAAACAAUGAAGUAAAGAAAAGUACAGAAGAAAAAGUAGCCAAUACCAAACAUACAGAACUUAUGUUAUCUGAAGCUUUGGGUGACAAUAUGGAUAGUUCGAGUAAUUCUAAACAAGAAGCAAAUGAGAUAACCAAUGGCCAGCAGCCAGGUUUAUCUAGCAGUAGCCCAGACUCUGACUAUGACUCUCAGUCAUAUACAUGUUUGUCUUCAGAUGUCCAUAACACUGGACCAACAGUUGUGAUGGCAUCAAGAAAUUCAAAUAUAUACCAUACUGACUCUUUAAAUGGUAAAGAUCAAGCAAAUGGCUCUUCACUCAUCUGUCCAUUGGAUAACAAGGAAAUUGUGAAAACAUCAGAUAAUGUCUGUCAGAAAGAACUGAAAACCUCUUAUCAACAUAUUGGUUUUGUAAAUAGUUCUGCUUCUGUGUUAAAUUGCUACCGACCAACUAACUACCAUGAAAGGUUAGGUGAUUCAUUAUUGGAUAUUCAUUGCAGCAGUAAAGCUGAAGGCUUGAAGUUUGUGGAGGUUAGUAGAAAUGCUUCUUCACCUGUUGCUAAAAUUAUUGCAUUGGAUAGUGGUACAGCUGUAAGCCCACUGUCAAAAUGGAUUGAAGUGCCUUCUGUUGGGGGAUUGUCAAGAAUCACCUCUGUAGGUAGAAAAACUCAGUUUCAAGGAGAAUCAGGUUUACCAACAUUAAUACCCUCACAUGGUGAUGGGCAUGUCCGUGAAGGACUAGAUAUUUCCUUUAUGCAGGAUAGCAAAAAUGAAGUUUACACUAACAGCAUCACUCCUGUGAAAAAUAUACCAGCAUCUGUUAAUAGUAGUCAUAUCUGUUCUUCUACAUCACACCAGCUAUCACCCAGAGUACAGUCUUUGAGAUCUGGAAGUAAUCAAGUUCUUCAGCAUGAAUUUCACAAUAAGCAAACACUUGAUCCACCUGUAAGAAGUUUAUCUCUUAUUUCCCAAAAUAUUGACAAUCCAAAUAGUCAGAGGGAGCAAACACUUGGUCCAUCUGUGAGAAAUUUGUCUUUUACUGCCCAAAAUAUUGACAAUCCAAAUAGUCAGAGGGAAAGGACUAAAGAAGAAUGGGAUAGUACCUUUUCUAGUGAUGAGUCAAGUAUGGAUUCAGUUGACAAAGGUACUGCAAGAAACACAAUAGCUGUUUGUCAGGGGCUAUGUAAUAGUGUGAUGGAUGCGGUAGCAAGAAAUGUAAACUUUACAUCAAAGUCUCCUUCAAAAUUACAGACAUUAAAAAUUGAGAAUAAUGAUGGUGAGGCAAAAGCUUUGCAACAGCAUUAUAUAGUUCAACCUAACCAUGAUACAGAUUUUUGUUCAAGUUCUACUGAACUCGUGUCUAUAGAAGAGCAAUCAGACAAGAAAGGCCUAGAGAACAAUACUUUGAACACCAGUAUAAAACCAGUUAUGAACGAUUCAGUAGAUAAAAUCUCAUCAUCAUUCCAAUCCAGUGAAAUUACCAAACCUUCUACAGCUGAUGAAUCUUACCAUAAAGAUGAUGAUAAUUUAGCAUUGAGUAGCAUCAGUACCAACCUUAUUCAGAGUGCUGCUUCUGUAAUAUGUCCAAUCUCUCAGUCUUCCAUGAGCCAACCAGCCAGUCAGAAAGUUAUUCAACAACCAUCAACUGUUCCAUGCACUCACUAUGAUUCAAGUAUCUCCUUAAGGUCACUCCAGAGUAAUUCAUUGACAAAACUUGUUACUUGCACUCCAUCAGCUGCCAGUAUUCAGUCUUGUUCAUUUUCUGUCUCAGAUCUUGAUAAUCUAACAGGAAAUACAAUAGUCAGUACUACCUGUACACCCAGCAGCUCAUCUGCUGCUUUUGGUCCAUGUUUGGUGGAGCAAAGAACUUCUUCACAUCCUUAUACUGUUAGCACUAAUUCAACACCAGUAAGUGCUUCUUCAGCUUUAUUGCAUUGUGCUGAACAUACUCUAGUUUCUUCUACUUGUUUUUCAAAUACUGCCUCUUCACAAACUUUGGUUGCUUCCAAACAACUUAGUCCAGACACUACAGUUAGUAUAGCUGACAAUGAAGAAACAAGUACUUUCCACUUAGCUUCUGAGAGCACUCAACCCAGUAUAGUUAUUACUACUGGUUCAGUUGUAACUCAACCAUCAUCUAAUCAGCAAAGUGUUGCUACUUGUAUGCAAUCCAGUGUAACUACUGUCUCUGCUUCAGUCAGCACUGAGCAGAUAAGUACUUUAGUGCCUUCUAACUUUUUACAAAAAUGUACAUCUCUACAAAAAGAAGCUGAAGCCUCCCAACCUUCUGUUAUUACUGGGGUUAUGUCUGUACCAGUUGAUAUGAGCACAGCAUAUCAUGCUAUUGUAAGUUCUGUUGCUUCUACUCCAGUUUCUUCUUUGCCUUUUAUUUCUUCUAAACUGAGCAAUUGCAUCACUGAUACACCAGGAAGCCGUUUGACUUUAAUUUUUAAAAACACAAUUUCUUCGGGUGGCCAGCGGUCUCUGCUGACAUCGGCCAACAAUAUGACUAGAGUCAGUGUCCCUUUUAGCUCCUCUAAAACUGUUCCAAUUAAGUUUGUGACUCUUCCAACAGGGGGACCCGCAUUGAAGACAGUAAAAUCUUCCAAUCUGUCAGUGUUAGAGUUAAUCAGUUCUUCUUCAGCAUCCACUAGUACAGUGUGCUUAACAACUAGUAACUCUUUAUCAACAUCACCAGUCAGGUUAGUAGUCUCACAUAUGAAACCAUCAGGAUCAUCUCUAUCCCUUCCUGGAUCUUCAUCAAUGGUUAAUAAGGUGCUUGUGAAAUCUGUGGUGGUAUCUAAUACAUCACCUUCUAUCAAACUUGUACCCAUGAGAGGAACUAUCUGUACUUCUAGUACUGCUGGGUCUGGUUCUCUGUUGGCUGUAUCGUCUACCAGUUCUUCAGUACAGGAGAGUUCUAGGACUAACCUGUCAUCAAAAAUUACUGCUUUCAUGCCCUCUUCAGUGUUGGACUUAAACAAACAGAGUUGUGAUGGAAAAACAGUUACGGAUCAGUCUCAGCCUUUGGAAACAAAACACUGUGUUGAGCCUCAGUCCUUAAAAGACUGUAAUCCUACCAUUCCUAGUGUGAACAGUCAAAAUAUUAUUGAAAGGGAACAAAAAAGUAAUGAAGCAGCAGCAGACUUCAGUAAAGAACAGGGGACCCUUUUGUCCAUAACCAACUGUAGUGGUGAUUUAAAUACAUAUACCUCUAUGGGUGAUAUACAGAAGAACCCCUCAGAAAUGAUAAGUAACACAGACCACAUGCUUUCUGACAAACUGACUUAUGCAAAAGAUAUUUCAGAAGACCAUUGUUACACCUGCAAUCAAUCUAAUGUCUCUAGUCAGAGCAGUGGCAUAGAAAUGAAAGUUUCUGAAGAUUGUUUAAGUAAUGGAAAAAAGGAUUCAUUAAUCACUGGUACUCAUGAAAAACAAAAGAUAUGUACUUCCUGUGAUUUCUUUGGAAAAACAGAACCAAACCUGCCUUCUGAACGUAUAACUCCCUUUGAAGAGAAUUAUCAGAACUGUGUGAUUCAGAAAGAAACAGGCGUGUGUUGUCAGUCUGUAUCAGCAGAAAGUACAGGAACAUAUCAGCAGUUGAAGGAAGAACCUCCAAACUGUGUAGUGCUAGAUAGUUCUGCUGGAAUGAAAGAAAAUUGCUUAUCAGUAAUCAUUUCUACAGAUUCUUCAGCCAACAUCAUUGAUUCUCAAACUAUGUUUACUAAGACAGUACCUGAAACUAAAGCAAACCCAGAGCUGGAGAUGUCAGAUCAAGAAACAGAAGAAAACUACAGAAAAAAAUUGGGUCCUGUGGCCCUAGAACCUAUCCGUCCAGUACACAUAUCCUUGAAAGGAUCAUCUGCAAAUUAUGAAAAUUUAGAGAAUGGUCCACCAACAUCUGAUGAAAGGGAAAAUAAAAUACAAGUUAAUGAGGAUAAAAAUUUUGUUGUAGGUGAAAUGUGUGAAGAUAAAGAUCUCAUUUAUGAUGAUCAAGGAAAUAAAGAGGAGAUUGUGUAUUUAAAGCCAUUGAAAAGGAAGUGUUCAGAAAAUGCUGCAGAGCUUAUUAAUGUUUGCAUUGGACAAGAGGAUCAUUCCAGAGGAGUUGUAGUUGGAAAGCUGAAAACUUCAGAAGAACAGUGUCCAACAAAACCACAAGAGGAGGAAGAAGAAGAAAAGGAGACAGAUGAUAAGCCAGAUCCCUCACUGCAAAAACUUCAUAGCCUUAUGCAUGAAGAUGUUAUCAAGAAAGAUGAGAAAGAAAAUGAAACUUUAGAUGGAUCAAGUGAGGAUGAAAUAACUCUCCAUGAAUUAGCUAGUCGCUCCAAUACUCGACAAAAAUGUGUGCCAGGGGGGAAAAAUGUAUUAGUCCACUCCCACCAGCUUCGUGGCUCUCGUCAGUAUCCUAGAGAGAUUGAGAAGGAAGAUGGUGAGGUUGAACAAGCUAGCAGUCAAGCAUGUAGACGAUCAUCAUCUAAUGAAUCUAAUAAAAGUGAAGAACCAAGAGGUCGAUCUGGUCAUCGAAAGGAUAUCGGGAAAGUAGGACAAGAAGACCACUCCCCAAGAAACAUUCACAGAAAUGGUCGAGGGAAGGAUUGUGAAAACUCUUCCUUGAGGGAAGAAGCAGAUGAACUGGCACCUGAGAAACGAAAAACUAGAGGCAGCAGCAUCCUCGAACAAGAAUUACCACCUUUGAAAAGGAGAAGAAGCUCACGAGACAGUCACAGAUAGCCCUAGACACAUCAGUAGUUUUAUGUAAAUUACUGAGAGCUCCAGUCACUUGAUAUACUAUGCACAGCUUCACAUCCAAGGAUCAAAAUACUGCUGCCUUCGUGACUAAAUUUGCAGCUUGGUGCUGUUCUUACCAUGCGCCACAUAAUUUUGCAUACUUGAGGAAAUGUGUGUACAUAAGUGUAAAUAUGUUAACAUGUUUAUCACUAUGUAAAGUUAAUCACUCCUCUGAAAUGCAUUAUAGACCAUUUUAGCCAAUGUGAAGUCCUUUCCUGUGAGAUUUGGCCAAGUGCCAAAAGAAAUCUUUAUUUUUGUGUUAGCAUAUUAAUUCGUAAAGAAUAGAAUGGGUUAAAAAUGUGUGACAGUUGUCUUCAGAAGUGUUGUGCUGGUCUAAUAUGUUUUUCCAGACACUGGUCUGCUCCCCUAAGAAAUGUGCGCAUUUAUUUUUCUUUAAAACUGUCAUGUCAGUUGUAUAUGUACAGAUAUGGACCAAGACACCACUAUGUUAACUUUUAAAUUGGUGAAAACUUGUAUGAUGAGAUCUAAGAAUGUAGUUAUUAAUUUUUCCAACGUUGUUAUAAAAUGAAUUGAAUUUGGCCAAUGGGCAGCGUGCAUAGCCUCUGAAUCUUAUCUGUGUGUAUGUGUGUGUGUAUAUAUAUAUAUAUAUAUUAAAUGUAUAAAUACAAAUGUUACUAAUUUUACAGAAUUACUAGUUAGCUAUUAGCAGUGUUGAAGUCAUUUUUUAUGUCAGGUGUACUUUAACUGUAUUAUAAAAUUUAUCAGUGGUAGAUAAAAAGAAAUUUUAAAGACAUCUGCAGAUGAUAAUUUUUGUCUUUUUAAAUUUUUUUAAUUAUGAGGAUAAACUAAUUAGUUCUUUCAUAUUGAAAAAAAAAGACACCAUUGGUUAUGUAAUCUUGUGAAUAUAUUUGUAUAUUUGUGAUCAUUGUUUGCAUAAUGUAUUGUAACUGUACAGGAAUUAUGUUCUGGAAUCAAGCAUGCUUUUUAUGGUUUAUUGUAAGUUUCAUGCAGAUAUUAAAUGUCAUACAAACAUUGUAAGUCAGCUUGUAUGAGUUUUUUUUUUUUUCUUGAAAAAGUAAUGCACCUUCAUAAUCAUGUUAGUAAACACAGAUGAAAAUGUGGUCAUUUUACUUUAAGUUUGUGUAUUUAAAAGUGCAGUACAAAUGCUUCGUCUAGUGAUAUGUUUCCAAGCAUAUAUAUAGAAAAUUAUUUAUGAAGUUUCCUUGUGGUGUGGGAAAAAAGAAUCUGGAUAUUUCUGGUGUAAAAUGGAAAUAUAAAUCAAGAAAAAACAUUGUAUUUCACAUGCUUCAGGCAAAUACUUCUCAGCUUAAACAAAGCUUGUUCUGGUUGACAUUAAUCUUAUUAGUAAAAUAAAUCAACACCUGGAUAUGUUAGAUUUAUAAAAUGUUGAAAAAUCUCUUCAUAUUACUAACUACAUCAAUAUUUCCCAUGUGUAUACUAUGAAGGUUAAAACCAAAAUGUUAUUUUUUAUUUCAUACAUCACAGUAAAAGAAGGGAGAAAAAUUGAAACAAAAUACAAGCUGUCAUAUUUUAAUAUGAUAAACAAGAUUAAUGACUACAUACCUUUUCAGGUCUAAAAGUAUGUAUUCUACUCUCUGUCCAGUCAACUAGAUUGAAAUAUAACUUCUUGUCUCAUUCUUGUAGAACCUUCCUCUGCCAUAUACUUUGUAAGAGUACAUAAAGGUAAAAGCAUUUUACAUUUGCACAAAGAUGAAUUGUAAUAUAUAAACUAUUAUAUUUUAUUUUUGCAAGUUAUUACACUUAACUGCAUUAGGCUCUUUUCUACAGGUAAUUGUGUGACAUAAAUUUUAUUAGCAAUUUAAUUGAAGAAUGCUAUUUUCCAAAGGAUAAAAAGUACAGAAUAUUAUGGCUUUAUUAGCUUUUGCAGGCCUCCCAGUGAACCUAUUAAAGCUUAUAUUUUGAAAGAGGUCCUAUUUAUUUGUGAAAAUGACCUAAAAAACUUGUGUAUUUCCAAUUAACUUGAACCAUGUGUAUGUACUUUUAUGUUUUCAUAAAAAUAUGUUAGAAAGAGGACUGGGGAAAAGGGUAAAUUCUUUGCUGUAAACGAUAAACAAAAACCUGAUAAUUUGUUCUCCAAAUUAGUUCAGAUUUAAAAAGUUGAUUGUUCACCAAAGAAAUUAGACAGAAAAUCUAUAAAGACACAUUUUUCUAGCCGACAACCUACAAAAACCUAUAUUUUCAUAAUGCUGCCUGUCUUUUAGUUCUUUUUUCUUUUUUUUAAUGGACUGGGAGGCCUGUGAAAAUUAUCUGAUUUUUUUUUUUUCUAAAUGUUCACAAUUUCCAAGAAGUUUUAUAAGGGAAAGCACUGUACAGAAAAUCUGUAUUUCUAAUAAAUAAAAUUAUUAAAUGUAAAA